AUGGCUUCAACCUACUUGGAAAAGAAGUUGAACGAAAUUCCAGUUGCAGAAACGAUCGACAACGGAAACCCAGAAGGAUCAGAGACGAAAACCCGAACCCUGACCCUUAGAACCUCCAACGGCCAAGAGUUCGAAGUCCCUAAAUCUGUCGUCGUGUUGUCCGUUACCAUUAAGCACAUUCUGGAGGAGGGGUUCGAGCUGAACAAGAUUCUGCUUCCGCUGGUCGACAGAAGAAUCCUAGCAAGGGUCAUCAGCUACCUCACCAAACACACCGAAGGCGGCGUCUCCGAUGAGGAAAAGAGGGAUUUUGACAAGGAGUUUGUCGUCAGGAAGGAGAUGAGCGUAUUAUUCGACGUCGUAUCGGCAACUAACUAUCUCGACAUUAAAGGGCUGUUGGAUUUGGUGUUCCAGGAGAUUGCAAAUAGGAUGCAGAAUAAAAGCGUGAAAUGGGUGAGAAAAACGCUCUGCAUUGAGAACGACUUUACGCCUGAAGAGGAGGAGCAGAUUAAGCGUGAUCACGCCUGGGCUUGGGAAGGUGUUGAAUCCGAUGACGACGAUUGAUUUAUUUGAAGGAUGAUCUUUUUCUAAAAUUGAAAAAAGAAUGCAUUUCUUUUAUGAAUUAAUUAAUUUGGAAGAUUUAGGUUGGAUUUAUUUACUGCUUUUUCUAUUUAUCUAUUUUUCAGAAGACUUUGUCAAUAGUUCUACUACGUCCAAGCCCCAAGCAUCAAAUGGCCAUGAUGGAGCUGUUGGGUGUAACAAUUUCGACCAUUGGUGAAUGAAUUUAGCAUGGAAUUAAAAUGUUUGACAUCU